GCCCAUAUCGCGCACGUUGUUUGCUUCUUGACACCCAAGUCACUCGCACACGAAUCCAGCCAUGGCUAGCCGGGCGCAGAAGCUUGUGUGGGAGGAGCGUGAGCGCCAGCGCAAGCGGCAGAGAAAGGGGAAGCGUGCGGCAGACACAGAGGACGAGCAGGCGCAACAGGAGAAGGAGCGCAAAGCAGAAGAGGAAGAGCGGUUGAAACGGCAGCAAGAGAAGCGGGCGAAACGGGAGCAGCGCAAGCAGGAGAAGAUGAAGGAGGACGAGGCCAUGACCCCGGAGGUGCGGGAGAGGCUGCGCUUGUUGGCGCGCUAUCAAGCAAAAGCGCUGGAGGCACACAACUACCUUCUGCUCUGGAAGACGGAUCGGGAAGCCUGGAAGUUUAAGAAGCACCACCAAACUUUUCUCCUCAAGCACAUGUUCAACCCAUACGUGGUGGACCAGAUGGCGUUUGACAUUCUGAUGGAAUACAUUGGAGGGCUGCAAGGCAGGAGCGUGGAUGCAACCGUCAAGGCGGCGCAGACGAAGCUCGAGGAAGACGAGGUGCAAGAGGAGGUGUUGAGCGAUGCAGAGGUGGUGUUUAACCGAUUCUCCGAGGGGAAGCCGUUCACAGAGGCGGUGAAAGCCAAGUUUGCCAGCACCCUCACACAGCUCAUCCACAAGCGCGCGCGCAGCGUGCUCCAGGUGCUGCUGUAACAGACGUAUUGCAAUCCUUUGCGUGGCGGUUGGCGUUAUGUCACAUACACAUGCACAGUGAAGCGAAAAGUACUCGAGUGAACAACAAAUGUGCAUGUGCGUGAUGCUUCGGUCAUGCUCGUUUGGAUGUGAGGCUGGGCGUUCGUUUACUCGUUAUCAUUGCCAUGAAGGGUACCGUAAAUAAACACACACAAGGAGCAA